UGGGAUUUGUUGCACCCAUCCAGUUAAAUUGCCAGGAGUCACGAAAGAUGGUUUAGUUCGGCACUUUUUUCAUAGACCAUCCAAAGCUUAUACUACUGGCACGAGAAAGAGAAGAAAAGUGCAGACAGAGGCUGAUGGGAGCGAAACGCGGUGGCACAAAACCGGUAAGACCAGACCAGUACUGGUGAAAGGCAGGAUGAAAGGGUACAAGAAAAUAUUGGUGUUGUACACAAACUAUGGGAAGCAACGGAAACCCGAAAAAACCAAUUGGGUGAUGCAUCAAUACCACCUAGGAGAUGAUGAAGAUGAGAAAGAAGGAGAGCUUGUUGCAUCAAAGAUUUUCUACCAAACACAACCUAGGCAAUGUAGUGGUUCCAUCAGUAAGGAUUCUCUUCUACCUCUGGGCAUGGCUAAUGAGGGUCACGAAGCUGCCGGACGAAAUGGCUCUAAUUUUAGGGAGGCAACAAUGAUGGAAUCAUUCAAUCCAACUCUUAUAUCAUUUGGUCAAUAUAACCAUGAUCAUACAACUGCUAGACUCCUACCAAGUUUUAAUAUCCAUGACACUCCUUUUAUUCCCUGAUCACAAAACAACCUAAGAAGAUCAAUUUGAUAGCAGGUUCCAUUCAAACAACUUUACCCAAAUGCUAUGACGAUUGUAUAUUUAACAAGUAUCAACACAUACAUACUCUCCGAUUCUCUUUUUUUCUUUUUUUGUAACAAAAGUAUACACAGAUGAUUUGGUCUUCAAGCUAAGUUAACAUAGCUUGAAUAUAUUUAAUUAGUGGGGUUAUAAGCUAGCUGGGAUAGAGUUAAGAGUAAGAGCACAACAGAUUUAGCUUCUAAUGAUGGAGGUUAGAGCUCACCCUAAUCCUAAUAGAGUAUAACCUGAUUAAUUAAAGCAUGUCUUAUAUUACUUUAUACAGUAAUGCAGAUGUAAUACAAAUACAAUGUACACUGAUCAGGAUAUGAUCAAUUCGCUAGGAAGUUAUUGUAAGUGAUUGAAUUCAAUUGUAAAAAUAUAAAGAUACUCCAUUUAAUAAAAUCUGAAGCUUGUACGCUUUUAUUUUGUUCU